GGUACACAAACGAAGAAGAAGCUGCAAAAAAGAAACAAAGAAGAAAAAUGGCUGAGGAUGAACAUUAGCAUUGAGAAAACCAAUGUCCCUGUUAAUGCGUUCAUUGCUGGGUCUUUUCUUCUGUAUUCAGAAUGUGUUUAUAUUUGGUAUAACACUGUAAAACAUAGUUGUUGUUUUUUUCCUGACCGCCUGAAGGCCCCUCAAGAUUAGCUUAGCUUGCUCGCUGUGAACAAAGAGGUCGAGUGUGAGUGGAAAGUGUUGUGAUUGUCGUGUGAAAAUGUGCAAAGUGCAAAUGCUGAGAGCGUUGCUGAAUCAGCGACUAAGUGCGGCCGUUGACGAAAUAUUUGUAGUGUUCCAAAGAACAAUAGCAGAGUACGAGGAGGAACUUUGUCGUACAAAAGCGGAGAACGAGCGACAACGUCAAAUUUUGGACGCUGUUUUCAAGCCUUCGUUUGGAUCAAACAGAGCAGAUGCAGAAAGAAUGGACGACGUUGGUGGGGUUAGACCUGCAAAAAGUUCCAGUGAAGAUGAUCUUCUCCCUGAACAGCAGGAAUGGAGUUCUGGAGUGGAGCAGGAGGACAUAGAGCCCGCUUGGGUUAAAGAGGAAGAAGAGGAGGCUGACAUUGCCAAGUUCCCGUUGACUGUCGUCCAUGUGAAGAGUGAAGAUGAUGAAGAUCUGCCUCACUCCUCGCAGCUUCAACACAGUCGAAGCGAAAAUAGACGAUCCCGAGCAGACAGUCUCUUAGCGCCACGAUCAGACAGUGAUGACGCAUCGUCACACUUUCCUGAUGCUGAGGAGCCUAAAGGUGAUGUCAGAUGUCAGACGGACAGUGGACACCUUAAAUGCACUGAUUGUGACAAAACCUUUAGUGAUAACUCAACGUUGAAAAGACACAGGAGAUGUCACACUGGAGAAAAACCUUUUGCAUGCUCGCUUUGUGACAAAAAGUUCUCUCAGAGGGCAAGUUUGGUGGCGCACACGAGAACACACACAGGAGAAAGACCUUAUACCUGCUCACUCUGCACCAAAAGUUUCCGCGAUAAUUCUGCAUUAGCUACACACAUGAGAACGCACACUGGGGAGAAACCUUUUACCUGCCCGUUUUGUGAUAAACGAUUUGCUCACAAAGGCCAUUUGAUAUCGCACACAAGAACACACACUGGGGAAAAGCCUUUCACCUGCUCAGUUUGCAACACAAGUUUUAGAGUGCACUCAGUCAUGAUGAUACACAUGCGAACGCACACAGGAGAAAAACCCUUCGCCUGCUCAGUUUGUGGCAAAAGGUUCACUCAAAAAGGAAGCUUGAUAAUACACACAAGAACGCACACCGGAGAGCGACCGUACACAUGCUCAGUCUGCAACAAAAAUUUUAGGGUUCGUUCAGCUUUGGCAACACACAUGAAAACACACACCGGGGAGAAAGUUUUUGGAUGCAGUGUGUGUGAUAAAAGAUUUACUCAUAAGUUUCAGGUUGACAGACACAAAUGUACUGGUGAGAACAGCAGCAGUCAAUGAAGGACUCUAAAUAAACCAAAGACUUGAAGCCUCUUUCAUGUGGCAAUCCCUCAACAUUGGGGCUUUAAAUGCAGAAAACAGCAAAACAAAAUAUAGUAAUCAGGAUGACGCGCUGCUGCUUCCCAAAAUGUUUAUAAUUACCUGUAUUAUUGGUUUAAACCGUAUCUAUACCACAAACUAUGACCCCAAAACACUAAUAUCAUGUCAAACUCGUAUUACCAUUAAAAAAAUGGCAUACAAAUGAUUUGAUUUUGAAAAGAUGAACAUUUGUGUGCAUGUGGAGUGAAGACUUGUCUUUCAAUCGAGAUGUAUCACUUCAAUUUACUUCAUUGGCACCAAUGUACCACUUUCCUAUUAUGGCUUUGGUGCCAUUUUGUGGCAUUUUAGGACAUGUCAGAAACAGCACAAAAAAUUAGAAUAUGUUAGUGUUUUUCAGCAAAUGGCUGGGGAUUUGUUCCACAGAACGCAAGUUGGUGAAUUUGUGAAUAGUCAACUGAAUAUGCAGAGAUUACUGUAUUGGCAAAACUGCGUGCAAUUUCACUUGGCAUCCCGCAAUCAGACAAUUACAGAAGCGUAUUGCAUUCACUUGGAUUAAAAAAACCUCCUGUUUUUCUGAGUAAUCUUUUUUUGAGGGCUUUGUUUUUUUUGAAUAAUUUUUUUUCUGUUUUUCUGAGAAUUUUUUCCUGUUUUUCUGACAUUUUUUCCACCUGUUUUUCUGACUAUUUUUUUCUGUUUUUCGGACAAAUUUUUUUCCACCUGUUUUUCGGACAAAUUGUUUUCUCUUUCUGACAAAAAUUAUUUCCACCUGUUUUUCUAAUAAUUUUUUUCUGAGUUAUCGGGACACAUCAAACUCACGCAAGAACCUGCGAACUGCAAGUGACUCUUUGCGGACUCUGUAGUAAGCAACAUGACCGGCUUAUUUAGUUUGAUCAAGUUUUAUUUUGAUAUGGGUUUAAGACACUGGGAGAUACGCCUGUCUUUGAGUCACAUAGAUGGUAUUGUCAUUAGUUUGUCAACAUUACGCAGGCACCUGCGGACUUUGCGUUUGUUCAGGAGGAAAGCCCAUUCAGAUCUGCUAGAUACAGCAAUGUUUGUCCAGAAUCAGUUGGACAGAUAUGGUAUGCUCCAUGGAUACAAGAUGAUGCAUUCAAAAUGCAUUCAGGCUGGCUACGUGGUGACUCAAGAGACAAUCAGGAGACUGAUGAAAAUACUGGACCCACAUGGUAUGCAACAGAGGCACCGGAGUCGGCUUCGCCGGCGUGUGUACCACAAUCCGGCCCAGCAGUAAUCCGCCAUUAAUGAGUCCGCAAAGAGUCACUUGCAGUUCGCAGGUUCUCGCGUGAGUUCGAUGUGUCUCGAUAACUCAGAAAAAAAUUAGUCAGAAAAACAGGUGGGAAAAAAAAUAUUCAAAAAAAACAAAGCCCUCAAAAAAAUUACUCAGAAAAACAGUUUUCUUUUUUUAUCCAAGUGAAUGCAAUACGCUUCCGUAGACAAUUAGAUGCAUGAUAGGAUCACCAAACAUAAUGGGUGACGUCACUGCUGAGUCCAUUUUUUGUUUUUUUAAUAUAUGUAUAAUUUUUGUUUGUGGUCACUCCUUUGUUCUUGCAUGUAGAACGGCAGAGGUCACACACGACUCAGAAAAAGUUAGGGAUGUUUGAAGUAUGCUAUGAAAUUUCAGGAUGAACCUAAAAUUCACUCUACAUGUACUUUACAAGUGAAAUUAAUUAUACUUUCUUUAAAACUUUCAAUGCACAUGGCAAACUGCUCUAUAUUUCAGUACUUUUUGCACAACUUCUCUAACAAGGAGUUGAACGGCUAAAUUCACAACAGGGCGGCACGGUGGCCGACUGGUUAGAGCGUCAGCCUCACAGUUCUGAGGUGCGGGGUUCAAUCCCCGUCCCCGCCUGUGUGGAGUUUGCAUGUUCUCCCCGUGCCUGCGUGGGUUUUCUCCGGGCACUCCGGUUUCCUCCCACAUCCCAAAAACAUGCAUUAAUUGGAGACUCUAAAUUGCCCGUAGGCAUGACUGUGAGUGCGAAUGGUUGUUUGUUUCGAUGUGCCCUGCGAUUGGCUGGCAACCAGUUCAGGGUGUACCCCGCCUCCUGCCCGAUGACAGCUGGGAUAGGCUCCAGCACGCCCGCGACCCUAGUGAGGAGAAGCGGCUCAGAAAAUGGAUGGAUGGAUGGAAUUCACAACAGAUUCCGGUCUCUAUUGCAACCUGCUGAUGACACUGUGACACUUUCAGUUCAGUGACCACUUCCCUCUGAGCAUAUUCUGUUUGAAGCAUCGCAAUGGAGAGGUAGUGAAAAAUUGAACAGUUGUACAUCUGCAAAAGUUUAGAGAAGGUCAAAUGAAGUUCACCUGUAAAGGUUAUUGUGCAUUUUAGGUUCAUCCUGAAAUUUCACUUGAAAGCCGAAUAUCCUAAGCAUUUUGUGAGUAGUGUAUGAGUAAGUACAAGAAAGUCUCAAUUCUCAGAGACCUUCAAGUUCCAAGCAAAAAUGUGUGGCAAAAAUCAUGUAAGUCGACUCCUUGCUAAAUUUCAAGAAAGUCUAGUCAAGUCAUUACUUAGGUUAAGCAAGUAAUAAGUCAGACAACAGCUGACAGCAAGGUGUUGAAAGCAAUUGUCACUGUCCAGCAAUGCUUUAUACAUUGUCCAGAUAUUUGAUAGCGGGAUGCUAUGGGGCAGUAUCUCACUUUGCUUUGUUCAUGGUGUGGCAAAAACAGAAAAAUGCUGGAUCUUCUGUUACAGCAUCAAUUCUGAGGAAUAUCUGUGUGAAACAGGCGUGGGGGUGUAACCUGUUAUCUAACAAACACCAUCCUGUUAAUGUGCAUGAUAAUUUAACAUUCAAGAUGUUUGUCAUUUGAAAAUGAAAAUAGUAGUGUUCAACCAAAUUAUUAUUAAGUCUCCCUUCAAAUAAUAAUCAUGAUAAUUGUAAUACAGGUGGAACGGGGACGACUGGUUAAGAGCGUUUGCCUCACAGUUCCGAGGACCGGUAUUCAAACCCUGGCCCCGCCUGUGUGGAGUUUGCAUGUUCUCCCUGUGCCUCUGUGGGUUUUCUCUGGGCACUCUGGUUUCCACCCGCAUCCCAAAAACAUGCAUGGUAGGUUAAUUGACAACUCUAAAUUGCCUGUAGGUGUGAAUGUGAGUGCGAAUGGUUGUUUGUUUGUUAUGUGCCCUGCGAUUGGAUGGCAACCAGUUCAGGGUGUACCCCACCUCUUGCCCGAAGAUAGCUGGGAUAGGCUCCAGCACGCCCGCAACCCCAGUGAGGAGAAGCGGCUCAAAAAAUGGAUGGAUGGAUGGAUAAUUGUAAUACAGUAAUAAUAAUAGUGAACAGUAGAAACUGUAUUAUAAGAGUGUGAUUGCACUUAAAAUAGGCACAAAAAUGUAAAUACAAAAACAGAAAUGCAAGGAUUAAUACAAUAUUGAGAUGGAAGGGACAUGAAUUGCGCAAAAGAUUUAUUAAAAAAAAAAAAACCCAGACGUUGGUAAAAAACGUAUCCCGAGUAAACACUUUUGAUUUAUCAGUUAAUGGCGGGAGCAUGCCACAUUACAUUGUCCCUUUCACGACUGAAGGCCUGGGACUGGAAGCAUUGUCUUUCAUGGAAAACUCCAGCAGCACCUACCACAGCGUAUAAGUGUGCAAAUGUUUGCAUUAAAAAAAAAUCUGUAUGUAGUUAUAAGUUUCAUGUUACAACUGGAGGAACAAUGUAAAUAAAUGCAGAUCAAUCUUC